ACAAUAAGAGUGCAAAGCCCAAACACGGCAUCACAGUUGUCAAGCAAGAGUUGGGAAGAAGGUCACCUCGUGUGAAGCAGUGAAUGACAAUCAGCAGCCGAGCGGAACAGCGACGGCGAACAUGAAAUUCCAAGGUCUUUUGUUCCUGGUGCUGCUCAUCUGCACCACACUGUGUGUGGCACAAGGUUCUUACGGUAACUGCUGCCUGGGCCACGUGCAAAGGAUGGGGGAGAAGGCAAAGAAAAACAUUGAGAGCUACAGGAUGCAGGAAACAGAUGGCGAUUGCAACAUCAGAGCUGUUGUGUUUACCAUGAAGAAGAGGUCUGGACGUAAGAGGCAACGCACCGUCUGCACCGACCCAGACCAACUUUGGGUCCAGGAGUUGAAAGCGGUUGUGAGGUUGAGAAUGGGGCUUCAGAAUUAGAUGAACAGCAAGAACAGGUGAACGGGACUCAUGGGGCUUGGAAGAUCUUCAUCAUAGAGCACAUGGAUCGUGUUUGGCACUUGUAAAUUUGCCAGCUUAUGUCACUGACAAAGAAUGUACAAAGUAAAUUACGCUAAAAACAUUUCAUGUCUUCUGUUUUCGACACAGGUAGCACAUAGCGAAAAUUUGAAAUGACUUUUUACCGUUUCAUGUUACUGAUGUUUAGGACUGCAAGUAAUGAGCUACUGUUGGGCAGCUUUGGAUUGUGAAUGUACACUUUAAGCCAAAAUGAUUCAUGGACAAGACUCAUUUGGAGUUCAAGUGAAUUUUUAACUGAUGAAUGAGCUUUUAGCUGGAAAUAACAUGACGCAUUGGCAAAAGACUGAGAGGCAUUGUGUUAGGAAAGGCAAUUUUCAUUAUUUGUGACCAGGAUGAUUCAUACCCUUUUUUUUUUUUUUUUUUAAUGAAUGUACAUACAGUGUUGAGAAUUGCAUAAAAACGUACAAAAUGCCACCAUUUAGUGGCAGUCGAGAGCCCUGUAUAUUCCUUUUUCUAAGAAAAAAAACGGACUUAAAACAAACUUUUAAAAAAAUCUAUAAAAAUGACUCUACAGGUAUAUUCAUUAAAAAAAAUUCAAUGAAAACAAAAAACAAAACAAACAUUUUAAUGUAAAAAAUAUAUAUAUCAUGUGGGAAAAAUGCUUCCGAUUUGUAUAGUGUUUUUUUGGACAGUAACGGACCCUAUUUUUAUAAAAUUACCACUUUGAAAAAAAAAAAAAUUUUGUAAGAUUGACAAUUUAUUCUCAUGUGUAUAUAUAUAUUUUUUCUUUUCCAUGUGGCCCUAAUACUUAUUGGUAGAAAUUACCCAUUCUACAAAAAUAAAUAAAUAC